AGAAUCAAUCUCCCACGACCUACCCCUCUUCUAGGCUCCCACCGCCUCCUCCUUCCCAUUUCCUCCAACGCCGGCCAAGAUCCCGGCCAACUCCGGCGAUGCCCUGCCCCGCUGACCCCUGCCCCUGAACUCCCUCCUCCACCUCCAUCUAUUCCACCCCGUCAAACCUCGAAAUCAUGCGCCCCGACACAAACCCUAGCUCGGGAUCCAGGUGGAGCUGCAGGAGGUCUAUGGAGAUGGUGGCGCCCCUGCAGCGAGCGGUGGUGACCCAGAUCGGACGAUGGGGGAACAGAAGAUGUUAGCCCCGCGGCGGCUAUGCCGAGAUAUAUCCUCCACAUCCAGGGCGGGCAGUGCGGGAACCAGAUCGCGGCCAUGAGCAGCAUCCAUCUGCCCGCAUGCGCGAAGGGACGCCACGGGCGAGUCCUCCAUGACCUCGGUGCCACCAUACCCCCUCGUUCGGAUCACACAGCCGCCGGAUCCGCUCCUCCCCAACAAGGCCACUGCCGGAUGCGCUCCUCCUCGACAAGGACGCCGCCGGAUGCCUCCUCCUCGGCAGCCACCGUCCUCGUAUCCAUCUCUACCUGGCUUGCUCCUCCGGCCAGAACAGCGGCAUCAGCAGGAUCUAUUCCUGGGCCUGAACCCCAAGUCCCUGGUCGCCAGUUUUACCGGUUACCUCAUUCUCGUCUCCAUGCAGAACUAGAGCAAGGGAAGCAGUAUGUGCAGGUGAAAAUACGUUGGUAUUCGGCCAGGCCAACUACCACAAGCUUCUCACCAAGGUUCCAAGCACAAGCAGAUAAUCCAUCUGUCAGUGCUCCAGGAAUGACCUACGUACGUCCUCUGCAUCUCUGUGUGCACAACAUAUGUAAAUGCCAUAUAUAACUGAUUAGUUACUCUUUGAGACACCAUGGAACUGUUAGGUGCCCAUACAUUUGUAGAUGCCCAAAAUCCAAAGCAUGUCAAAUAUGUAUACAAGCUUAGAGUUGUAAGCAUCAGCAGAAAUAGAAAAGUGACAUAAUAAAUAAGUAACUUGAACCCGCAGCUAUUAUUAUUGCUAGCUUUGUUAAUUUAUUUUAUUUGUAUCAACCUUAGCUUGGUUGUUAUUAACUUUGUUAACUGGAUUUGUAGGUUCAAGUUGCAUGUCUAACUGAUUUAUGUAACCUACAUAAGUUCACUAAAUUAGGAUUACAGUUGAUGCACCUAAGAUAUCUGUGCAUGCUGCAGCUAAAAGCCCAAAAGUAUCCCCACAUUUUUGUCAAUGCUGGCUUUAACGGUGCAGUUCUUGGAAUCUGAGUUUAGUUAGCUCUGGUAAGCUGUUACACCACAUGCUCACAGCUAACUCCUCUUUGAACUUUAGCUACUUGCAUGAUGUAUUUGGAGCCUGCUAAGUUUGUCGCAAAGCUGAGCGAACUGAAAACGGAUGGAAGAUCCUGCUAUUCAUGUGCAAUCUCGGUGCUGGGUACUUCUCCAACUCAGGAAGGUAAAGAAUUUAGGCGAGUUCAUGUUAUUACUUGUUCUGCGAUUGAUGUCUGGUGCUUGUUAUUGUCUUCUUUGUUUACAAUGUAGUUCGUACCAAAAGAAAUAUCAUUGUGUUUGCAGCCUAACUUAUCCUUUUUAACCUGCAGUUUAGAGAAAUUGCAAGACGAUGUCACCUAUUGCCUUCAUCCUCAAGUCAGUGGCCCUUUUCAGGGAAUUUCUGAAGCAGCAGGGAUUCUGUCAAGUGAUGCUUAUAAUGUUAUUCUAUAUCUGGUGUUUUACUCUCUGAGCUGACCUGCAGGUACCUAUGGUUGUUUACUCUUUGACAAUAUCGAAGAUAGCUGACGUUCCAAGAACUACAGGCUGAAGAAAUUUGGCUGUACUGUUACUCACCAAAUAGCAGCUCUUAUCUUAUGAUUAUAUUAUGGUGUUUGUUUCUCUCUUUUCUGACAGGAAUAUUGUAAUAGACUUAGCUGUUACUUGAUGAGUGUUGGUCUGUCAAUUUUAGAUACUCGUUUUUACUAUUUUGUAAUGAGAACUAAGUUGUUAUUUAUCUAGAAUGCUUUGGGCUUUGAA